AUGUCUGGGCAGCCGGCGGCCGCCUCUCCUAGCCUGAAGCGAGCAAGCGGCCCUCUGGCCAUGGCGUCCUCGUCAACACUUGACGCUCGUUACGCUCCUUCGGAAUCCGAAAAGUCUGUCGAAAGCGCAGCCGACAAGGCGGCUCUACGAUUGCGGCCUCCACGAUCUUUGCCCCCCUGGAUUGACUCCUACGAAGAGAGAUAUGGCGUCGCGCCCGAGUCCCAGCUCCGCCUCCUCAACCCGCCCGCCCGCGUCGUCCGACCUCAGCACAAUGCGACCCCCAACGAGCUCCAGCGACGCGUCUCCAAGGACGGAUUCGUCACCUGGGAUGACCCCCAGCUGGGACCGGCAAAAGAUGUCCGCGCCAAGAUCCCUCACUUUCUGAGGUACGGCCGCGCGUCGAUGCGUGGAAGGAAAUGGGACCACCUGCGAUCCGCCGAGCCCGUCAUCGUCGCUGCCUACAGCCCUGCGACAUCCCAGCCUGCGCUGGCCUGGAACGACUUUCUUCAUGCGUCGGCGUGGGGGCAUAUGCCCAACGAGGAGUCCGAGGUGGUCGAUUACGAAGUCUUGAAGAAGCUGCAACCGUCGUUUGAUCGCGACGCCGAGGUGCCGUUGCACCCGCUCGACUCCAAGGGGUCACGGAGGCGAAGGACCAUGGUGUUUUACAAGCGCGUCUGGAACGCCAUCAUGCGCAACUCGCUGUCUCCUUUGCUCUUCCGAUUGGCCGUCAUGGUCACGUCUAUACUCGCCCUCGGCAUCGCCACACGGAUAUACCAACGUGAGGACUCGAUUGAUAGGAACAGCGCGGAGCGAACUCAGGCGGCCGUGGCAGUCGCUGUUGACUGUGUGGCUAUCCCCUACAUAGGGUACAUGAUCUGGGACGAGUAUACGGGCAAGCCGGUCGGGCUGCGCUCCGGAUUCUCUAAGGUACGACUGAUCCUGCUUGACCUUUUUUUCGUCAUCUUCAAGUCGGCCAGCACGGCUCUGGCGUUUGAGAGCCUCGUCUUUCACAACGUCAGGGAGAGCAACCUCCUGCAUCUCUCGACGGCGCUGGGAGUCUUUGAGCUUGUCGGGCUUAUAUCCUGGACCAUGACCUUCACCGUCAACAUCUUUCGCACCGUGGAGCGGCUUGGCGGCGGCGCCGACAACGACAGCGGACUCGCUUGA